AGCGCCACCUAUCAACACUGACAAAAUAGCCUCUUUUCGCUGCAGAAAAUCAUGCAAAAAGUAUGUUCAUAUGAUACAUGACAUGUAUCUUUGUGAAUUGAAAUGGAUUACCGUUAUCUACUUCGCUUUAUUUUUCAUCACAGUUGUAGAUGGUAGAUCCAUCUCAAUAGAAAUCUCCCACGACGAGACAUUUGUUUCGGAAGAGAUAGACGAGCAGGAGGUCAUACCGACAGUUGAAGUGUUAGCAGGAGACAGACUACACGUUAUAAAGAUAGGAGAAGACCCGAUCAAAGACUUCCACAUACCACCCGAGGUUUUCAGUAACCUAUCCCUAUCACUCGAGAACAAAGCUGUCGAAGCAGAAAAUGAGACCGACGAUACUAAUGACUUUAUCGAAGAAGCACCAGACAAACAGCCUUCGUAUCCUAAAAGUGAAGUCAUACAAAAUAGAAAUAGGUCAAGGUUAAUGUCCGUUAUGACCGGGAGUUAUCAAGCAACCACCGCCCCGGAUCCGACUACAUCCCCCAAGAUGAACAUAAUCAAGACGUUUAUAGCCAAUCGCCGCCGUCGACACAAAAGGCAGGUCGGUUUGGAUAUGAGCAACAUAGCAAAUGAGGGAUGGGCUAACAAACAAACAACGCCUGCGGCCAACUCUUCCUCUAGUUCAGGCGGGGAUGGGUUUCAGGUGAUAACAGAAUCUGACCGUGAUAACGCCAGAAAUGCUCAGCUGAAGACCAUACUAAUCUUCACCGGCUCCACUCUUCUCACAGUAUUAAUGUUCUCAGGGAUCAUGUUCUGUUUCCUUCGGGACCCAAAGGCCUGUAUCGUGGCCUUUGGGACUGGCUGUCCAUGUCUUUUAGUGGUGUUUCCAUGUGUGAUGAAAUGUCUGGAUAGAUAUCUCAAUCCGGCCCGGAUGGUGAAGGAAAACCUGAAUAGGUACCUACCAGGGGUAAUAAUACACGAGGAUGGCACGCUAGAGAAGUAUAACACUACUCCAGAGGAAAUAGAAUGCAUGAAGGAAAUUAUUAGUGAAGUUAUGGAGAUGUAGCAGAAUGAGGAUCACACGCAAAGAUCUUCUAUGUGACAUAUUACAUUAGA